AUGAAAAAUCAUGUCUUGACGUUCUCUUCCCUGCGCUCACUUUGCUUUCAGCGAAGAAGCGAAUUGAAUCAAAAGCCUGGUUCGUUUGACACUGACCGAGUUGCUAGAUCUACGGAAGUUGCUGUCGAUAGAGCACGACCCGUCCAUCAUGAAAUGUCUUUGGUGAAUACAAUCACAUGUGUCGACAACGUCAGCGACGAAGAAAAUGCUUGA